UGUGAAGGAAAAACAGAAUUCUGACAGCUUAGAGUGGAUCCAGUCCCAUGUACAAUGUGAUGGAUUAGCAGAAGUGAGCCCCCCCAAUUAAAAAUUCAAUAAUAUGAAUCAUUAAGACACGGAAUAAAAUUUGAAUUUCUAAUUAUCAAUUAUGACAAUGCCUUAAAUAGUUGAAACAUCUCAAGAAUGAAAAAUAGAAACAGAGUUGAAGAAAAAAUAAUUAGUCAGUUAUAGAUUUUUAAAAAAUUAACUUUAUAAAUAUAAGCUUAAAAAAAGUUUUCUAAUGGUAAAAAUGUGUAAUUUACUUACAUAAAACUACAAGUAGUGGAGAAGCUAAUACAGAGAAUGGGGAUUUUUUUUAAACAAAAUUUUUGAAACAUGAAGAUAUCACUUAUAAAUGAAAGAAAGUUUUUUAAAUGACACCUAUUUAUCAAUUGAUGUUCACCUUUCAUUAUCUAGAUCUGAUACUGAUUACAGGAUUGCUACAUUCUUGAAAUUUUUUGUUUCAGAAUAUAAUAUUUAACUCCUUAACAAACUGUAUGGGACCACGUAGACUUUUAUUCCAUGGAAUUCUUUUCAAGGUGAUUUUCAAAUUUAGUGCAUUGUCAAAGCUGUGUAUUCUUAUUGUAAAAUAGUAUUGUGUAUUCUUAUUGUGUAUUCUUAUCCACAUUGUUUAAAAGAUUAAUUAAAUUCUCAUUAUAUUUGAAAGCUAUCAUUUCUAUGCUGGUUGUAUUUUAAUGCAUUAAAUUGAGGAAAAAUGUCCAUAACAGUAAGAAAUUUCCAUGCAUGGACAUGAAAACAAAAAAUGACUCUGUUUUUUCCAUUUUGUCUAGGCUAAAAGUAGUAAAGAACUAGUUGGCUUCCUUUUCAAUGACUUUCUUAUGUUGGCUCAAACAUCCCGACCUCUUGGCCCCAGUUUCAGCACAGUCCAUUUAUUCGAUACUAGUACCUCGUUUAAAAUGUACAGAUUGGUAAGUGGAUAUACCAGACUGAUAAACUAUUUGAAACCACAUCAUAUUUUUAUGAUUUUUUGUAUAGUUAAAUAUUCAGUACAUUUGUUCUAAUCAUUUUCAGUUAAAUUAAUAAAAAGUUAUUGUUUUACAGCCAAUAUUUUUAAAUGAAGUGACUGUUUCAAAGUCUGGAGAUGACGGAGAUCCUUUCAUUUUCCGCAUUACAAGUGACAGAAUUAUCAAUCUUAAAGCAGUUUCAGCUGUGGAAAGGUAGGUAUAUUAUUAUAACAAAUGUGCACUUUGUUUUAUAAAUAAAGUGUGUAAAGUAACUGUUAUAUAAAUAAUCAAGUGUGUAACCUAAAUGUGUUCCAUAAUAUUGUUUAUAUUUAACUCUCUGAAGUUAUGAAAAAUGCCUUCAGUUUGUUAAAUCAGAAAUAAGAGGGUGUGCUUGGUGAACAGGGAAGCAUGAAAGAAAAACAAGUUAUCUGGUCCACUUCCUGCAGCUCAGCAUCUCCUAGUUAAUCAAUAAACACAAAAACUAGAAAAGAAGUCAUCUUUGAAGUUGGAUUUAUUUCACAUGGGGCUUUUUUCCAGUGAUCUUAAUCUUGCAGAUGUUUUUUUAAGCAUGCUAUAUAUGAAUUUAUUGUUAUGUUUUUUAUCAAUAUUGAAUGAUUAUUUAAUUAAAAAAUAAUUUUGUUUGCUGAAAAGAUGUAUUUAUUCCAGGGAUACCUGGGUGAGAGAAAUCGAUAAUGCUUCCAAACAGUACAAAGAUAAGGCUAAGAGGAAACUUGAAAGAGCUCAUUCAGGUAAAAAUAUUAUUAUUUAUUUUGAUGAGAAAAUCUUCUUUUGAAAACAAAAACUUUGCUGUGAGGUUAUUAAUUAGUUGAAUUGAGAAAUCAGGCUUAUGUUUUUAAGGUCAAGUGUUUCCCUUGCUGAACCAGCUUAUAUUUACUAUCUGGACAAGAGAUUGAAAGCUGACUAUACAAAUAUAAACCCAACAUUCUGUGUUUAGUAACAGAUAGAAUAUAAAUAAUGGUAAUAACUGUACAUUUUUUCACAAUUCUGUUCAAUGAUCCAUAAUAUCAAUUAGUGGCUCAUGGUUUUUCAAUGGAAAAUUUAAAAAAUUCACCAUGGUUGUAUCUGAUAUGUUAUUCCUAAAUGCACAGUCUAUCAAUACUAUCAUUUCGCUUUAUAAGCUAUUGUAAAAUAAACCUUCAAGGGCAUGCUGAGGUGCUGAAAGUAUUCAUCAAGAAAAUCUUUUUAUUCCACCCUGUACCAGAAAGAUAUUUUUAGAAUAUCUUUAUCCAUCAAUGUGCAGAAAGUACCAUAUGGCUAUCAAAUUAAAAUAUAUUUAUAAAAAGAUUGUGUACCCCUUUAUUUCCUGUCUAAAUAAUCUUUAGUAUUACGAGCAAAGCCUGUGGGGAGACUGCUGGUAGUGGUUGAAGAAGGUGUUGGCCUAAGGCCAGCCCUUGAUGCUGGUAGGUUCAGAAGCCAUCUUUGUUCAACUAAGUUAAUGUUGGGUGUUGUCAUCUUGCACCUGCACUGAGCAUUUGUGUUUUUAGUUCAAAACAUCUGUUGCAUGGUGCACCAUUUUAAAUUCUAUUUUAGUUGAUCUGGUUGGUUUAUAAAGUAUGCUUUGGUUAAACAAAACCUGUAGGUGUAGAAAAAGUAUAGAAACAUUACUUUUUAUAUCAGUUUUAACAAAUGAAUUUAACAAAUAAACAAAAGUUCAAAACUUGGCAUGAUAGAAUAUGUACGAAAAUAAACAUUAACAAUGAGGUCAGGUUUUAAAACUUAAUUUAUUAUUUUAUUGACUGAAAACCUUUUCAAAGAAAUCUCUAAAAAUAUCUGCUAAAACUUGAGAAUAAAAUUGAAAUGAUGUAGCUGUCUGCAAAUCAUAACUUGCAUAUCAUUUUAAUUAAUACCUAAACCUUUUAGUAGUCAGCCAUUGCGCUUAGGAUGUGCACAUAAUGGACAAGCAAAAUUAAAAACUAUUACUGGCAUUGGAAAUCUAACAUUUUUCAAAUAAAAUAGACAAUUUUUCAGAAGCAUGAAAUGUAUUUUUUAUUAAAUUCUGGGCCCAGAGCACGGAAUUGAUUUUGGUAUAUUCAAGAUACUUUAUUUUCUUUUUGAAAUUAUGUAAUUUUUCUAUUGGUUUUAAUUAUAAUCUUUAUUUUUUUAUUUUGAUCUCUACUUGUUUUAUGAUUUUUUGCAUUGUUGCAUGCUGAUUCUGUUUUUAUUUUGCACUUUUCUGUUUUACUGCAUGAGGUGCUAUGCUGUUUGUUGUUUUUCUCUUGUUAGUGAAGAACCCAAAUGGUCGAAUACUAGUUGUGGUUCAGGAGGCUUGUCAUCUCAAAGCCUCUGACUCUAAUGGUAAGUUUUCUUAAAAUGUUCGAAAGAUGAAACAUAAAUGUGACAUCAUUCAAAGAAACCAAUAAAAGUUGAAUAUAUCAUUCCAUUUAUUUAUCAAGAUUUCAAAAAGAUGGAUGAAUAAAUUUAGUGGCUCAAUUCUGGAAUGCAAUUUAAACUAUCGCUGUGCAAAUUGUAUAAAGUAAUUAUUAAAUAUUUUGUGACAUUUCAAUUUGUUUGUUUUGAUUAAUGUACAUUGUGAUAUUAAAAGAUAAUUAUUUAUGAUUUUAUAAUUAUUAAUUUAAAAUAUUAUGUAGCCUAAACUCUUUUACAUUGCUAUUUAAAUAUGGUUUUGCUGCCUCAUUUAAAAUCAAUCUUUUCAUGCUAGCAAAAAGUGAUCACAUGAAAAUAAAUGCGAACCAUUCAGUUAAAAAAAUUAAAUUUAUACUUGUUAAUAUCAAAUAUUACUUACAAUGAAAAAUUAUAAUAUAAAUUUUUAAAAUAUUAUUUUUAAAGUUUGAUUGAAAUAAGACAUCGUUCAUAAGGUAAUCUGUCAAUUUAAAAGGAUAUGAUUAAAAUGCAUGUAUCUACUUUAGAACUAUUCAUAAUUAACAUAUUGACUUUUUCCAUGGUACAUAAGGUAUGUGAUUUUUGUUAACUAUUGUUAACAAUUUCAGGAAAGAGUGAUCCCUACUGUGAGGUAAGCAUGGGCUCACAGGAACACAGGACCAAAGUCAUACCUGGAACACUCAACCCUCGUUGGAAUGCUUCUAUGCAGUUUCAGAUACGAGAUGUGGACAGGGACACUCUCUGUUUCACUGUCUAUGACAGAGAUUUGUACUCUCCCAAUGGUAGAUUUUAAGAAAUUUCCUAGACUCAAUAGCAAAUGUUAACUAUAAAAAUUUUUUAAGCAAUAUCAAAGUUCUGUGUAUCUGUAUCUGAGAGAUAAAUAGAUUUUAAUUAAUUUUUUAAUUGUAUCGCAUCUCCCUCCAACAGACUUUUUAGGCCGCACAGAGGUCAGAAUCAAAGAUGUUCUUCAGAGUGGAGAGAGACGGGGCCCAAUCACAAAGAGGCUUAUACUUCAUGAGGUUGAAACAGGAGAGAUUAUUGUUAAAUUAGAUCUGCAGCUCUACGAAUCCUAACGACUGCUUAUAUCUUUGUCUAACAGAAAAAUUGUUACUCUACUCCAUUUUUAUGAAAAUUAUUGAAGUCAUUCCAAAAAUUAUGUCUUGUAAAUUCAUUGUAAAUCAUAGCUACGCGAUUUGUAUCUUGUUCACACAUAGGUCAUAGCAAGUGUGUCUUGUUUUCUUUUGAUAGUUUUAUGUGAAAUCACGGCCAAAAUGGAUAAAUUGUUACUGAAGAACCAACCCUAAAGCCCUCUUUUCAAAAGCAUUUUAACUGUUGGUUGGGCUGGAAUACAUGAAUGGAAUUACUGCACCCAAUUUUAAUUACAUGUUCUAACUAGAUUGAAUGUUAUUGAUAAUAAACAGUCAUAUAAUUAUUUCAUUAUAGAAAUUUGAAAAGGUUUUGCACUAUUUAAAAAAACUGUUUCUUUUUUAAAAUUCAUAUUCCUUACAAUGAGAUAGCAAGAAUGUGAAAAGCUCUUUAAACACAACUGUACAACAAAACAACCCUUCAAGCAAAGAUAUUAAGCAAUAUUGAAUAGUGCUGCCUGCUUUUAACAAUUUCAAAUAAGACUAUGUCACUGAAAUAUCUCACUAUGGUUCUGUAUUAAUCCACCUGGUACUAAGAAAUUAUUUUAAGCUUAAAUGUUAACUUUAUAUAACUACUUCAGUUUCUG